AUCCAGUUGAGGAAUUUAAGUAGACACAAAAGUGUAUGGACAAAAUAGAAUAACUAACAAUGAACCAAAGAAGGGAAAAGUUGAGUAAAUUAGACUUCCAUAUACUUCUAUUACGUGUUCAUCUUUUUUCAGAUUUGUUUUGAAUAGGAAACAGUCUCCUAUUAACAACAUUCUCCCCUUUGGGCAAGUGAUAUGAUAAUAUGACGUUAUCACUUCUCUCUUUCAACUUCCUGUCAAAUUAUCCCAUUCUUACAGUUAAACAAAACUUGAGUCUCUCUUUUGACCACUUUGUUCUUGUGCUGUAGGAUUUAAUAUUUGUUUAUCGAACUGCCAAGUGGAUUCAAGACUUGAUUUAUGGACAGGAAAACAUGAAGAAGACAAAUGCCCUCAGUUGUCUGCUAUAAGUUUUUUAUGGUUCAACUAUCUUCCACUUUUUCUCUUUCUUGUAGGCUUCUGCUCUGGGGAUUGGGCUCUUACGGGACAAAAUAAUCUGCUACGCUCUUCUUCGACGAUGAUUUUUAAGGCGGUGGUUUUUACUGUGGUGAGUCUUUUGGGACUGGUUUUUCAGGCCGCACAGCUGCCUCCACAAAACAGUCGGGAAUCAGUGGGCUUGUCUGUUUCGUCCCCAAGAGUCAGACUCAGAGAUGGAAGAUUUUUGGCUUACAGGGAGAGAGGAGUGAGCAAAAAUGAUUCCAUCUACAGGAUCAUUGUUUCCCAUGGUUUCGGAAGUUCCAAGGAUAUGAAUGUUCUGGCCACUCAGGAGCUAAUAGAUGAGUUGGGGAUCUAUUUUCUUCUAUUUGAUCGACCCGGGUAUGGAGAAAGUGAUCCAAAUCCAAACCUUACAGUAAAAAGUGAAGCAUUGGACAUUGAAGAACUUGCUGAUCACUUGCAAAUUGGUUCCAAGUUUUAUGUGAUUGGUGUCUCAAUGGGAUCAUAUCCCAUUUGGGGUUGCCUUAAAUACAUACCAAACAGGCUAGCUGGUGCAGCACUGAUUGUCCCAACUGUUAACUAUUGGUGGCCUUCCCUUCCUCAUAGUUUGAUAAGCAAGGAUUAUAGAAGACAGCUUGUGCAAUGGGCUGUCUGGCUUUCGCACUAUGCCCCCGGAUUGUUAUAUUGGUGGAUCACUCAUAAAUGGAUACCUUCCAAUGCUGUCCUGGAAAGAAAUCCCAUCUUCUUCAACGAUCGAGAUAUCGAUAUCUUGAAGUCGAUUCCAGGAUUCCCAAUGUUCACACAGAAUAAACUACGGGAAAGAGGUGUUUUCGACACACUUCGUCAUGACUUCAUGGUAGCGUUCGGCGAAUGGGGGUUUGAUCCUAUGCAUCUAAACAAUCCUUUCCCUGAAAAUGGAAGUUCAGUGCACAUAUGGCAGGGUUAUGAAGACAGGGUAGUGCCCUUCCAACUUCAGAGAUAUGUUUCUCGGAAGCUGCCAUGGAUUCAGUAUCAUGAAGUUCCUGAUGGGGGCCAUUUGAUUGUGCAUUAUAGAGGCUUGUUUGCCACCAUAUUAAGGGCUCUUCUGCUUGGAGAAGAAUUUUGUUCUGAUCCCAAGCCAAAUUUGUCCAAUAUUGUUGUUUGAAUUUGUUCUGUUCAACGCUGUAAUUGUUUUUGUGUACAUAUUUAUUUUUCUUUUGGAAUUGCCAAAUGCACGAAUUUGAUUGUAAAGCAAUUUGAUGAAUCCUAAACCCUUUGUCGCUAACACAUACUUUAUGACGAGUUAAGUUAUGUUUAUUUUGA